AGGGGUAAGGCCGCUGGCUGGGUAGAUUUUAUUUUUAAUUAUUGCAUUUCAUCACUGUGUCAACUAGCCUGUCUGUUUCUGUCCCAACCAUUAACUUGUUGCAUUGCGAUCUGUUAUACUUUUCAGAAUCCAGAAGCUUUGUACUCAUCAUUCUUCACCGAUGGAAGAUGCUGUGUGCCCGUUUGUCUACUGGUCCCAGACCAAAACAAAAGUUCACCUAAAAAUUGAUCUCAGGGAGGUAAAGAAGCCGGAUGUGGAUUUACUUCCCGAGCAGCUGGUGUUCAGGGCUGAAGGUCUGGGCAACUCUGGCAACCAACUGUAUUCCUUCACCCUGGAUUUGUUCCAACAAGUCAUACCAGAGGAGACCCAGUACCAGGUGUCAGACCGCAAUGUUCAGGUCACGCUGACCAAGGAGGACGAGGAAUGGUGGCCCCACCUGACUCGCCAGAAGACCAAACUCCCCUGGCUGAGGGUGGACUUUGACAGGUGGCGCUCGGAGAGCGAGGACGAGGCCGAGGGCCGGGACGUGAUGAGCGACUACCCGGACGUCUACGACCGGCUCCUACAGGAGGAGACGGCACCGCGGGACAACAGGCUGAACAACUUCCGCGAGAGCUACCUGAUCAUGUACAACCUGUGGCAGCUGCUGGGAUUCGCCGUCAUCCUCGGCAAGCUGGCGUUCCGCUAUAGACUCGAGGGAGAGGACUCGAUGCUGAAGGCCUACGACACGGUGGGCGUCAACAUGAAGCUGGCGCAGGGCCUGCAGGUGCUGGAGAUCCUGCACCCGCUCUUCGGCAUGACCAGGGGCGGCGUGCUCGAGCCGCUGAUGCAGGUGACUGGCAGGAACCUGAUGCUGUUCGUGGUGCUGGAGGGCGAGCCGAGGAUGCAGACCAAGCCGGCCGUAUUCUACCUGUUCGUCGUCUGGAGUCUGGUCGAGCUGGUCAGGUACCCGUACUACACGCUGCGCAUCAUCCGGCGAGAAAUAUCGUUCGUCACCUGGCUGAGGUACACCAUCUGGAUCCCGCUCUACCCGCUGGGCUUCAUCACCGAGGGCGUCCUCUACCUCAGGGCGCUGCCGUACUUUGAGGAGACAGGCCGCUUCUCCCUGGCCAUGCCGAACGCAGCCAACAUGGCCUUCCACUUCCCCACCGUGCUGAAGGCGCUGCUGCUCUGCGCAUUCAUGCCAGGCAUACUUGUGGUGAUGCGGCACAUGUACCGGCAGCGACGCAAGGUCAUCGGACCAGCAAAGGUCAAACAGCACUAGGAGACGGGACGCGCCUGGGCAGAGGAGGGGUCUCCGGUCAGUCAGUGGCGGAAGGGAAACACGAAAACAUCACGCGUGAAAAGAACGUUUAUCGAAACAAGUGCGGGGUGACUGAAUCACUGAUGUAGAGGAGUGUUUUCGGAUCGAUUCGUCAACGAUUUUUGUCUUCUCAACUAGUGUUUCUCAUCUGUUCUUUUUUUACUUUUUAAACAUUUCUCGGUGCUUAUUGAUAGACUCGGCUCUGAUCAGUGUCAGCUAGUCCGCCGGUACCAGCUGUUUCGCCGGCUGUCCGCUGGAUGGCAGCACUGCCGGGUCGCCGCGCGGACCGCAGGAGUAGGUGACCGUGGUGAUGUGAUAUCAGGUGGAAGUGGGUCGUGUCUAUCUCCCCGGAUGGUCGGUGGUUCACCUACUGUCCUCCAGCGCGCCGCUGACCAGCCGACCGACGGGCGCCCCGCCCAGCGGCGGCAGCGGGGUAGUGGGCGCAGCGAGCUCGCUACCGUUCACGGUUACUGGCCGGUGGUAGGGGCGUACAGUCCCCUACCGCUGGACUCUCCCUCCUGGACCGCUGACCGGCUGCAGCGGCAGACGUAGUUCGGGUCUCGGGCCGGCCACUUGGGAGGCAGGUGGAGACUGAUGAGAUGCCUCCGCCGCCCCUCUCUCCCUCCCGCCUCUGUGUGGUCGGUGUAGGGGGCUAAUCUGGGUCGUCAGCUGCCUGUUCAGAUGCCGCCGGCGCGGUGCUAUUCCCUGCUCAGAGUGUUGUGAGGUGGGAUAGGCUGGUCCUGCCCUGGAGCCGACUAUCGUGACUGCCACGGGUGUGACGUGUACAGAGUGGGAUACGUUAAUGACUAGUCGGGUACCGUUAGGUCGCCAGGGUACAGUGCAGACUGAAGGUAGGCGCUGACAUUCAGUUCAGAUCAGCUGUCCGGUGGCCACUGCAUGUAGCGCUUAGUUGCCGGAAGCAAGCACUCGCCCGUUGGAGGGCCAGACUUAUGGGUACAACGGAUCAGAGGAGACACGGGGUGCCGCGGUCCCUGCCCCGCCGGUCCCUGUUAAAUCAGCGACUCAAUGUGCGGUACUGCACGGUACUCAGAUGCUUCGCCGGCAUUCGUUCGGAUCUUAGAGUCACGUUGCGUUGAUUUGUUUGCAAUACGCUCAGAAUCAUAUGUGAAUUCGGCUCCAGUGGGGCCCGCGGAUAGUUGUAUGUCGCCGUGGGUUGGAUGGAAACAUUCACUCUGAACUCGCCAGCCGUUAUCAGCAAUGACUGUCGGCGAGACUAGCCUAAGACGGGUUCUAGGCUACAGAUUGUAAAUGCCAGUGAUUACAUAAAUCGAAUGAUUGUGACGAUUGCUAGUGACAUUCCAGUGGCCUGCGAUUACCGACGCGGCAGCCACGUAGUCAGGUGGUGCAGUCGGUGCACCCUUGUGAUGUGCACUCUUGUCACCGGGAUCACGGGCAUUACUGUCGGUCGACAAUAUAUUUGUGUGUGAC